AUGGUGAGAAAGAGAGAAAGUAGUGAAUCUAGCGAUGAUGAGCAGAGAUACUCGUCUUCAUCUGAAGAAUGGUCGGAGUCCUCAGAGGAUGUUAAUGAAGUUGUUGAAGUCAAUGGGUUUCAGAUUCUUGAUUCGCAGUUAAGCCAGGUGAAUGAAAUCUUUGAAAAACAUCCAGACAUUGCAUCAGAUUUCAAAAUAGAAAACCAACAGCUCAAAAAUGCGUACAUGGGUGUUCUUCUCGACCUAAUUAUGACACUGUGCCAAUCGCCAAAGGAUCUCACAAUGGAGAAUUUAAACAAAGCUGACCGAACAGUUUUGGAUCUGACAAAAGCUGGCUUGAAGUUGCACUGGUUGCGUCAGAAACUUGACGAAGCUUUCCUGAAGAAGGAGAGAAAACGCGCCAUUGGGGUACGCAUCAGAGAACUUGAGGAACAAGUCAAGAAGAGAAAGCUGAAUUUGUCGGAUUUAGAAUCUGAUCUGAAGAAACAGAAAGCUGCGGCUUUGGCUGUUGAAACUCCUUUUGAUUUCAGCCACGUUGUUUGA